AAGACAAUUUUAAAAAGCCAAUAAACUAGAAUGCAUUUGUCAUUUAAGAGAAUUGCUUUGAGAUAAAUAGAAACUAAUCCAAAAGGCAAAGAGCAGCCAAGUCCACGUUAGAACUGUGACCAUGACCAGGAAGAAUCCUUCUUAGUGGGAAACACAACUGAACUUAUUUGCUAAUUAGAACUGAACAGAAUAACCAAUUUUAGUUGGGAAAAGAAGGGGAAAUUUUGGGAAAUGCUAAAUUGGUGCUUUUAUUUCAAAAAUACUUAAAUCGGGUAUGUGCAGAGUUUGUUCCAAAUGAGGCCAGUCCUUCUGGCUGUGUCCUCCACACCAGCUCCCACUGGGGCUGAGCCAGCCCCUGAGAGCCCAGGGUGGGCUCAUGGCUCAGUGGCUGAGCAUGCAGACCCCAGCCUGGGUGCCCACAGCUCUCCCUGCCCAGGCCCUUCCAGCCUGGUCUUGUUUGUAGUUCACAGAGAGCAGCUCUGGGCAGCUGUCAGCUUGCUGGGCAGCUGGGGGAGGAAAUGAGAACAUUAUUAUUCUUUUAAAGAAAAGUCCAGCACAGUUCCUUGGUGAAAUAUUAGCUAUGGAAAAUAUCAAGUAACUUUCCUACCUUCCAGGCACGUAUUGGAGCAUUUGGGGAUGGGAAAAAGUAAAAGUACGGUGAAACCAGCAGCUUUAGGGGAAAGCUGCCACAGAGUGCAGAUUAUCAGGCCAAGAGAGUACUGAGUGGUUUCAAAGCAGAACGGUGAAGGGCUCAUCUGGGAGAGCCUCCUAGUCAGUAAGUGGUGUGUGUAUUUCACACUACAGCCUCGAGACACAAAACCCCAAGCAGUUCUGGCUCAUGGCACUGCGGGAGGAGGUGCUGCUGUCCCUCAGGGAAGCUGUACCCAACAGAGGUUUGGGAUCAGCCCUGGGCAUGUCCCGUGCCUUCAAGAGCAUCUGAGGCACAGUCAGGUGGGAGUCAGAGUAUCCUUUAAGUUCCCUUUAAGCUGGGAAUCAUAGCCUACACUGGAUAUGUGCAUGGUUUGUAAUGUUUAAUUGAGUUGACAAUGUACAGGUAUUUUUAGAAAAGUCUCUGUAAUGCAGAGGUGCAAUCAUAAUUACUGACAUGUCUGUCCAGGCUGAGGUUUUUUUCAUAACUCACUAGAGCAUCUUGAAGUUCUCAAUAUCAGCAUCACAUCGUGAACAGCAGCAUGUUUCCUUUUUUCCAAUUAACUACACCUCAUCUUACAGAAGCUGCAUUUUUGGCAGGCUUUUUAAGCUGUGCUCCCUAUGUGCUACCUCAGCCAUAUAGUCACUUUUUGUUAGGGAUAGAGAGUGUUACUGUGAGUGUGUUACUUACAUUGUGAUACAUGUUUGUGACCUGCAAAUGCCAUGUGAUGUUCCCUGUAGCUCUCAGUCAUGGCGUAGAUGUCAUUGCACAAAUUUCCUGUGGUUAGAUACCUUAUAGCUACAGGGUUUCAAAUAUACUCAUGUUUUAUAUGGGGUGUUUUGCUUGAGAAAAAGUGGGGUAAGAAAUUAUUAUUAUUAUUAUUAUUAAUAAUUUUAGGAUGUAUUUUGUGCUUAGGGGUGCUCUGUGAUUGUGAUGCUCUCUCCCAUGACUGAGGGCUUGUUUUAAUUUGAAACCUAUCGCAAGGUCUGUGCAGGUAACUUCUGGCCCAGUUGCAAGCUCCUCAUUAUGAAAAUCUCCAGCUGAGCAUAAAGAUUCUCUUGCAUGAGGCAUGGGUUUGUAGUCUGCAGCAUAUGUUGUGCUUGCAGGGGGCUGGCAUAAAAGAGCCUAAUUCUGAUUACUCUGCACUAACUUGAGGAUCCAUUUAAAGAGACAGAAACCCAAAGUCUUGGAAAUUCAACACGGAGACCCGAAGUGUCCUCUCAGAAAUUUGAAAUGUUUCUGUAGCCAAACUUCAUGCCAGCCCAGUCCAAAACCAAGGUUUCCAGAUAUGACUCACUUAUCUUGGUGUUUUGAUUUCGCAUUUUCAGGUUAGCCUUGUUUUUCAAAAGUAUUGAGCAUCCCCUGCUGGAAUUCAGACCCCUUUCAGAAACCUCGAAUGCUCAGAAUCAAAGCUUCCUUUAAUACGGGCCAGGUGGGAUUUUCUGCAUUCAUGUGGGAGUUAAGGCACAGUCAGGCAAAUGGUCCUUGCAAAAGGAAAAGGAUGCUUCACAAUUGUUAAUAAGUUAAACAAUUACCUCUUAACAGACUAAUCAGAUAACUCGGUGCCAUCAUUACCUAAUGAGAUGUUGAAACCUGAGAAUGUUUCACACAUAUAAUUGAUUUUUGCCAUCUUGCUUUGUUUCUGGGCGGUUGUGGAGCUCGCUCCCCACAGCUGCCCCGCUGUGAGAAGUCCCCACCCGGCCGUGGUUAAAAGGGAGCGUUUAAUGAGCCAUGAGAGGAAGGCGAGGUCUCACUCGGGCAGAGAGGGCAGCCAGGCUCGCUGCCCCUCCAGGCAGCCCCUGCCCCGUGUCCCCCUCGCACUCUCCUACAGGACUUCCCACCUCACUGGCAAGGACACAGCACCCCUGCAGACUCGUAGUUGCCCUGCUGGGCUCUCGUAGCAGGCUGCCGGGUGGCAGUGGCUGUGCUCGGGAAGAGCUCUGUGCAGAGGAGCCGUGCUCCGGCCGCCGCUCAGGGCGCGCCACACGAGGCGGCUCCGUGAGGGACGGCGGGCCCGGCCCAGCCCGGCAGGAGCACCGCGCCUGCCCGGGGCAGCCCCCUCAGGGCUGCUCUGCGCUCCCACGGAGCUCUGCCCGCAAAGGCAGCGCCCCAGCCCUGCUAUUCACGGGAAAAACCCACCUAGGUGGGCUCUGGUUCGGGGGCACACCCGCCUGCUGGCACCCUCCCGCACGGGUGUCCCAACGCCAGCUCACCCUUGGCCUUCAGAAGGGCUCAGGAAUAGCCGGUUUUGGCUGCGCAAUAGAUGAAAUGUGUCCAAAGCAAGAUGUGACCUGGGCUGGCAGAGCAGCACCUGUGGGGACACUGAUGUGGCUUUCAGCAUGCCAGGACCAGGUGAGAAAGGACCUUGCAGACUUGCAUGUCCCACUGCGUUUAAGCUGUUAUUUGAGCACUCAGAAGAAAAUGCAUACAAGUUCAGCAUCAAUCUUAAACCUCCUGCUGAGCCUCAGGCAAUGGGAUAAGCCAGAUACUGCCAUGACUGUGAGACGCUACCCCACUGUCUCCCCAGCUCCUGCUCCUUCCAGCACAAGGUGCCACGGGGCUGGCAGGAAGCCUCCACGCAAUGGGCUCCCAGAGGUGCCAGGCAGUGCCCAGCCACCAGCCCCUCCUGCUCCAGCACAGCUCAGCAAGGAAGAGGAGAAAGGGCUUGAAAAAUCACCAGCCUGUUGUCUCUCCUACAGCCACUCCAGCAACAUGAAGCUGUUUCAGGAGCAUGUCUAUAAGUGCCAGGGUAAAGUGAAGGCUGUGAGUUUCCUCUUACCAAUGGAUAUGUCAUCAUUUGCUGAAAAGCAAGGUUCUCUCAAAAGCCCACAAAAUCAGAGCACAAAACAUCUAAUGACCAUCACUGAAAAGGAUAUGUGAGCUGGUGAAUUUUUAAAGGCCCAUUGAUUCCUGAGAUAAAUUGGCCUUUAGUGAUAGCUGUGUGUCAGGUUUCUCUCCUGCAAAACGUUUUGGCAGGAUGCCCACAGAGCACCACCCAGCCGUGUUUCAGGUCACUGGCCUGAUGUUCAGCAUGGAAAUGGAAGCCACAACAAAGCCCAGACACUGUGAUGUGACCACACAAAGCAAAGGUGCCUCCACAAAGUGCUUCUGUGCAAUGUGUUUCAGACCUUUACCUCAGGACUGAUGUGAACAGGGUGUUGAAGCUGGGUUUGGUGUGUUUGUCACAAAAAGCAGAAACUGUGUCAGCACUUGAGUUUGCUGAUUCCCUUGACAGAAAGGUGUCUGAUGCAAAUGACAAAAGAACUAUCAAAGAGCCUAUGAGGUUUUCUGUCUCGGUAAAACUUCCAAGCUUCACUAAUACAGCAAAGUUAAGGAGAUGCUACAGGGUCAGUUAAUGUUGCUCUGAAUUUCUGCAAAGCCUGGCAAUGAGUUUGUCCAAAUAUCCAUUUGGGGUUCACUUCUAACAGAGCACAGGGGAGAGUAAGUACUUAUUGGUAUGAAAACAUGACUACAAGUCUGCUUCUCACUUGUGCUCAUCCAGCUGGAGACUAAAGGCUGGACACCAAGCCAAAAUAGGAAGAAUUGUGAAUAUCAGAAUAUUUUAGGAAUGGCUUCUCAGCACAGCUCGGACCAAAAAUUAUUAGCAGAAAUUCAGCAAGCAAGUGCAACAUAACUGUGAGAUAGAACUACAGACAGCUUGUAAAAAAUGAGCAGUGCCUGUUAAUCUACUCAUGUAAGUGAAGACAACAUUCCAUGUUUAUUUUGAUUACAACUAUUUAUGGAAUCAAAAUACUGCACACUGCUAUUUCUUUCUGUACAGGAUGCACUGAUGAUUGAAUACUGUAUAGAGAAUACAUGAAUAGUUGAUGUUUGUACAGAUAACUUUGAGGAAGAUUUUCAUCUCAUUGUCUACUCUUAAAGUCUUGAGUUUUCUAAGGUGGGAGCAGAGACUUAGUAGGAAAAAUCCCCUCUGGAUUUUCCAAGAUGUUGUAUACUUCUAUGAAAUUGUGUGUUUCUUUUUUCAUUUUGAAUUUCACCAUAGAUUUUAUAUUCAAGUCUAGUUUUAAUAUAUUCUCACCAUUGAAAAUAA